AUGGAGGUGCUGAAGAAGGAGGUGAGGGCGAUGCUGAUAGCUGCCAAAGCAGGCCUGACACCAGAACACCUGGAGGAGCAGUACAUGGCCAUGGUCUGCAAACCUCUCCCUCUGCGUGACCUGGGCUUCCAGUCCACCUUGGAGCUGGUGACACAAAUGCCUGAAGUUGUCCGAAUCUGUUCUUCUAAGAAUGGCAGUUUAAUCCUCAAAGCCAUUGCUGAUGACUCCACCAAAGGGAUUGCCAAGCUGGUAGCCAACCAGAAAGUAAAGACACGGAAGGCAUCAAAGAAAACUGCUACAAAGGCAAAUGCUACUUUUCCCACCAAGAACUCUAAGAAUCCACAGAGUUUCCAAACUCUGAGUGCUGGAACUCCUGUCCUGCCAGCAGCAGUGAAGGCUGAGCUGCAGGACCUGCUGAGCUCCUCACCGCUUCUGCUCGCGGACUUGGACAAGGCCUUCCUCAGACGCUUUGGCCGGGCGUUCCAGUACAGGCAGUACGGAUUUUUGUCCAUGUUUGAAGUCCUCAGGAGUAUGUCUGAUUCCAUUGUCAUUGAGCAGACAAAAGCAGGUUCUUUGCUCGUCCUGAGGAAGUACUUGGCAAGCAGGAUAGAACAGGAGGAGGUACCUCAGGGUGAGGCUGAGGAGGAAGAGGUGCCUCAGAGUGAGGCUGAGGAGGAAGAGGUGCCUCAAAGUGAGGCUGAGGAGGAAGAGGUGCCUCAAAGUGAGGCUGAGGAAGAAGAAGUGCCUCAAGGUGAGGCUGAGGAGGAAGAGGUGCCUCAAGGUGAAGCUCAGGAGGAAGAGAUGCCUCAAGGUGAAGCUCAGGAGGAAGAGAUGCUGCAAGCAGCAUCUGCAGCUAAGAUGCCUCCUUUAGAACCCAUCCAUGAGACAGAGAGUUUCUGCCAGGCAGCACUUCCAAUGGAUUCGGAGACAGUGAAAACACAAGAUUUGGAUGAUCACUUCAAACGACAUCAAGGUUUUGAGCAGUCUCCACCGAGUCCAAAGAUCCCUCCAGAUGCUGUUCAGGACAGAAGCCUUUGCAGUUUGCCACCUCUGAAGAGAAAGUGCUUGGUGGGAGUCAUUGUGGAAUUCAUCGUCUCUCCUAGCCAGUUCUACAUCCACGUCUGCAGCAGGGAAGCAUCCUAUAAACUGCAAGAUCUGAUGUUUGAGAUGAGACACGUUUACUCACAUAAAGUUGCUUCUGAUAAAUACAUCAUGCCUGAGUCUGCAGUGCGGCCUGGGCAGCUCUGCUGUGUCAUGGUCUCUAAGUGGUGGUACCGUGUGAUCAUCCACCGUGUGAUCAAUGACCAGGAGGUAGAGGUGUUCUAUGCAGACUAUGGACACCUCCAAAUUGUCCAGAAGUCCUGGCUGAGAUUCCUCAAGUGGCACUACUUGAAGCUCCCUGCUCAGGCCAUCCCAUGUUCCUUGGCAUGGGUAAAACCUGUGGAGGGCACGUGGUCCAGUGCAGCAAUUCUCCUGUUUAAGCAUCUCUGUCGCUUCAAGGAACUUGUGGGCAUCGUGGAUGAAUACGUGGAUGGUGUUCUGUACCUCUUCCUGUGUGACACAUCCACCAAGGAGGAUGUCUACUUCCACUCUGUCUUGAGGGAUAUGGGAUAUGCUGAUGUCUGUGGAGAGAACAUCCCUUCCCAGGAAUUUGAGGAACUGAAUCCUUCAGCCUUGUAUGUUCAGCCCAGUGGAAAGCAGGAGAAUGCUGGAAUGGUGGAGCCAGACCUUCACUUGCAGCAGGAAUCUCAAGAUGCAGACAGUGAAACAGCAACCUCAAAGCUGGAUGGGGCUGACUGUGACCAGGUGAGAGUUUGGCACAGCUGCCAUUCCAUGAAUUCCUCCUUUAUUUACUCCAGGCAACCAGCAGAAAUGAGGCAAGAUGACCCAGAUCAGAUAGAAAGUUAUUCCAGCAGGGCCCAACUUUAUGAAGCUGUACAUCCCACUGUUGGACUCAGGGCAGCACCAUUCAUACCAAGACCUUCCCAGGAGUCUCAUGGUUGGCCUCUGCGGUGCUCUGGGCUCUGUGACCAAGGGCCACCUCAGGAACUGUGUGUCCCUCCUGCCCUGCCCUCUGCAGUGUUGGCAGCUGCAUGA